GGCUUUUUUUCCCCUUUAAGAGGCGGCGCUGGAGCCGGAGCCAUUUUCCCUUCAGCGGCGUCGAGAAAUAAGAAGCCGGGGCGCCCCGGAGUCGGCCCGUUGCUGGCCUUAGCAGUAAGGAGGCGCCGAGAUAGCAGGAUCUUCUUGAGCCUUCGGAUUGUCCUCCAAAACAGAGGACAUGGCGUCGGGUAUCGGAUCCCCAUCGCCAUGCUCUGCAGGCAGCGACGAGGAAGAGAUGGAGAUCCUGCUGAACAACAGCAUCCACCAGCACCAAGAGCCGGAAGAAGAGCCAGAGGAAGAGCUAUUAUCAGAGGCAGAACUGCCAAAAAUCAAGAAGAAGAAGAAACCCAAGAAGCUGAAGGAACCUAAAGUGCCCAAGCUUAGUAAGCGCCAGAAAAAAGAGCUUGGAGACAGUUCUGGUGAAGGAAAUGAAUUUGUGGAGGAGGAGGAGGAGGUGCUGCUGCGCUCCGACAGUGAGGGAAGUGACUAUACCCCUGGGAAGAAGAAGAAGAAGAAACUUGGGGCUAAGAAGGAAAAGAAGAGCAAAGCCAAGCGCAAGGAGGAGGAAGAAGAAGAGGAUGAAGAUGAUGACUCCAAGGAACCUAAGUCUUCUGCCCAGCUUCUAGAGGACUGGGGCAUGGAGGAUAUUGAUCAUGUUUUCACAGAGGAGGAUUAUCGCACUCUUACCAAUUACAAGGCUUUUAGCCAAUUUGUCAGGCCACUUAUUGCUGCUAAGAAUCCCAAAAUUGCUGUCUCAAAAAUGAUGAUGGUGCUUGGAGCCAAGUGGAGAGAGUUUAGUACAAACAACCCCUUUAAAGGGAGCUCUGGGGCAUCUGUGGCAGCUGCAGCAGCUGCUGCUGUGGCUGUGGUGGAGAGCAUGGUGGCUAACGUGGAUACAGUUGUUCCUCCGCCCCCAGUUGAAGUCCCACUUCGGAAGGCUAAGACCAAGGAAGGCAAAGGUCCCAAUGCCCGAAAAAAACCCAAGGCUAGUCCUCGUGUUCCUGAGAUCAAAAAACCCAAAACCAAGAAGGUGGCACCUUUGAAAAUCAAGCUGGGAGGAUUUGGCUCCAAGCGUAAAAGAUCAUCUAGUGAGGAGGAUGACCUGGAUGUUGAGUCAGACUUUGAUGAUGCAAGCAUCAACAGCUACUCUGUGUCAGAUGGCUCUACCAGUCGCAGCAGCCGCAGCCGCAAGAAACUAAAAGCAGGAAAGAGGAAAAAGAAAGGAGAAGAGGAUUCUGCUGCAACCGUUGAUGGCUACGAAACGGACCACCAGGACUACUGUGAGGUGUGCCAACAGGGGGGAGAGAUCAUCCUGUGUGACACUUGCCCUCGUGCCUAUCACAUGGUUUGUCUGGAUCCAGAUAUGGAGAAAGCGCCAGAGGGCAAGUGGAGUUGCCCGCACUGUGAGAAAGAGGGUAUCCAAUGGGAGGCUAAAGAAGAUAAUUCUGAGGGUGAAGAGACCAUGGAGGAUGCUGUGGGAGAUGCAGAGGAGGAGGAUGAUCACCACAUGGAGUUCUGCCGUGUCUGCAAAGAUGGAGGAGAGCUGCUCUGCUGCGAUGCCUGUCCUUCUUCUUACCACAUCCACUGUUUGAAUCCACCUUUGCCAGAGAUUCCGAACGGAGAAUGGCUUUGCCCGCGUUGUACUUGUCCAUCUCUGAAGGGUAAGGUGCAGAAGAUCUUGACUUGGAAGUGGGGACAGCCCCCACCAGCCACGCCGGUGCCACGACCGGCUGAUGCAGACCCAAAUGCACCUUCUCCGAAGCCCCUGGAGGGAAGACCCGAGCGACAGUUCUUUGUCAAGUGGCAGGGCAUGUCGUACUGGCAUUGUUCUUGGGUGUCUGAACUACAGCUGGAGCUGCAUUGCCAGGUACUGUUUCGCAAUUACCAGCGUAAAAAUGAUAUGGAUGAACCUCCUGCAGGAGACUUUAUGGGAGAAGAAGAGAAGAGCCGCAAACGUAAGAACAAGGACCCAAAGUUUGCAGAGAUGGAAGAGCGUUUUUACCGUUACGGGAUCAAGCCAGAAUGGAUGAUGAUCCAUCGGAUUCUCAACCACAGCAUUGAUAAGAAGGGGAAUGUUCAUUACCUUAUCAAAUGGAGGGAUCUACCAUAUGACCAGGCUUCUUGGGAGCUUGAGGAGGCAGAGGUACAGGAUUAUGAUAUCUACAAGGCGGCAUACUGGAACCACAGGGAAUUGAUGAGGGGUGAAGAAGGAAGACCUGGAAAAAAGAUAAAGAAAGUGAAGUUGCGGAAAUUAGAGAGACCCCCAGAAACACCAACAGUGGAUCCAACAGUGAAGUAUGAUAGACAGCCUGAUUACUUGGAUGUGACUGGAGGAACCCUGCAUCCUUAUCAGCUUGAAGGUCUGAAUUGGCUGCGUUUCUCUUGGGCUCAGGGCACAGACACCAUUCUGGCAGAUGAAAUGGGUCUGGGAAAGACUGUCCAGACAGCUGUGUUUCUGUAUUCUCUGUACAAAGAGGGACACUCUAAAGGACCUUUCUUGGUGAGCGCUCCAUUGUCCACCAUCAUCAACUGGGAGAGAGAAUUUGAGAUGUGGGCCCCAGACAUGUAUGUGGUGACUUACGUGGGGGACAAAGACAGCCGGGCCAUUAUCCGUGAAAAUGAAUUUUCCUUUGAAGAUAAUGCUAUUCGUGGGGGAAAGAAGGCCUUCAAGAUGAAGAAAGAGGCAUCUGUGAAAUUCCAUGUAUUGCUCACUUCCUAUGAGUUGAUCACUAUUGAUAUGGCCAUUCUAGGCUCCAUUGACUGGGCCUGCCUUGUAGUGGAUGAAGCGCACAGACUGAAGAAUAACCAGUCAAAGUUUUUCCGGGUGUUGAAUGGCUACUCUCUUCAGCACAAGCUGCUACUCACAGGGACACCCCUGCAGAACAAUUUGGAGGAGCUUUUCCACCUGCUUAAUUUCUUGACGCCUGAAAGAUUUCACAACCUAGAAGGCUUCCUGGAAGAGUUUGCAGACAUUGCCAAGGAGGAUCAGAUCAAAAAACUUCACGAUAUGCUGGGCCCACACAUGCUGAGGCGCCUCAAGGCCGAUGUCUUCAAGAACAUGCCUUCUAAGACAGAGCUUAUUGUCAGAGUGGAAUUAAGUCCUAUGCAGAAAAAGUACUACAAAUAUAUCCUGACAAGGAACUUUGAAGCACUGAAUGCCCGGGGUGGCGGCAACCAAGUUUCUCUACUCAAUGUGGUUAUGGAUCUGAAGAAAUGCUGCAAUCAUCCCUAUCUCUUUCCUGUAGCUGCCAUGGAAGCACCAAAGAUGCCCAACGGCAUGUAUGAUGGUAGUGCCCUAAUCCGGGCCUCUGGGAAGCUGCUUCUGCUCCAGAAGAUGUUGAAGAACCUCAAGGAGGGAGGUCACAGGGUGCUGAUCUUCUCUCAGAUGACUAAAAUGUUGGAUCUGUUGGAAGACUUCUUGGAACAUGAAGGAUACAAGUAUGAGAGAAUUGAUGGUGGGAUCACAGGAAAUAUGCGCCAGGAAGCCAUUGAUCGUUUCAACGCUCCUGGUGCUCCACAGUUCUGUUUUCUACUUUCCACCAGAGCUGGGGGGCUUGGCAUCAACCUUGCCACUGCUGACACCGUGAUAAUCUAUGACUCUGACUGGAAUCCACACAAUGAUAUUCAGGCCUUCAGCCGUGCUCACAGAAUUGGACAAAACAGGAAGGUGAUGAUUUAUCGCUUUGUCACACGAGCAUCUGUUGAAGAACGGAUCACGCAAGUGGCCAAGAAGAAAAUGAUGCUGACCCAUUUGGUUGUGAGGCCAGGGUUAGGCUCCAAGACUGGUUCUAUGUCUAAACAGGAACUGGAUGACAUCCUCAAGUUUGGUACUGAAGAGCUUUUCAAAGACGAAGCCACUGAAAGUGGCAAGAAUCUACGUAAUGUGACACAAUGUGAUAUCAAGGAAAAUGAGGAUGGCAGUGUCAUCCAUUAUGACGAUAAGGCAAUUGAACGCCUACUGGACCGGAACCAGGAUGAGACGGAGGAUGCUGAGAUUCAGGGCAUGAAUGAGUACCUGAGCUCCUUCAAGGUGGCCCAGUAUGUGGUGCGUGAAGAGGAAAUGGGGGAGGAAGAGGAGGUCGAACGGGAGAUUAUCAAACAAGAGGAGUCUGUGGAUCCAGACUAUUGGGAAAAGCUGCUUCGUCACCAUUAUGAGCAGCAGCAGGAAGACUUGGCCAGGAAUCUGGGAAAGGGCAAACGCAUCCGCAAGCAGGUCAACUACAACGAUGGCUCGCAGGAAGACCGAGGUAGUUGUGCGUGCGUGAGAUUGGAGGAAAUGGUUUUAUAUUUAAAAAGUUUGGGUUUUUCCCAGUCCACUUACUUUGGGCAUUCUCUUAUCUUUCCAGAUUGGCAGGAUGACCAGUCAGAUAAUCAGUCUGAUUACUCUGUAGCCUCUGAGGAAGGAGAUGAAGAUUUUGAUGAGAGGUCGGAAGCUGCUCGCCGGCCUAGUCGGAAAGGCCUAAGGAAUGACAAAGACAAGCCCCUACCCCCACUCCUUGCUCGUGUAGGAGGCAACAUUGAGGUUCUGGGCUUCAAUGCUCGCCAGCGGAAGGCCUUCCUCAAUGCCAUCAUGCGCUAUGGGAUGCCACCCCAGGAUGCCUUUACUACCCAGUGGCUGGUGCGGGACCUCCGUGGGAAGUCAGAAAAGGAGUUUAAGGCCUACGUCUCUCUCUUCAUGCGCCACUUGUGUGAACCAGGAGCGGACGGUGCAGAAACGUUUGCUGAUGGUGUCCCACGCGAGGGCCUGUCCCGACAGCACGUCCUCACGCGAAUAGGGGUCAUGUCUCUCAUACGCAAGAAGGUGCAAGAGUUUGAGCAUGUGAAUGGACGCUGGAGUAUGCCGGAGCUAGCAGAGAUAGAGGAGAACAAGAAGCUUUUGCAGCCCAGCUCACCUUCCCCCAAGACCCCAACUCCCUCUACGCCAGGAGACACACAGCCUAAUACCCCUGCCCCUGUUCCUCCAACUGAGGAGGUAGUGAAAAUAGAAGAGGGGGUCACUACCAAGGAUCAAGGGGAGCCCACAGAACCUGAGAAGGAGACUAGUCCCACUGUUGCUGCUGCUUCCACUGCUGAGAAUGAAUCCCCGGUUGAGCAGGCUCCUCCUGCAACAGAGACCCCUUCACAGGAGGCUAAAUCCCCUGUGAAUGCUGUGGAAACCGAAGAGAAGAAACCAGAAGAAGUAGAAGUGAAAGAGGAGCCAAUGGAAACAGAAAGCAAAGCUGACAUAGAGAAGGUGGAAGAGAAGACGCCUGCAGAGUCAAACCCUGAGCCUCCAACAAUUAACCUUGAGGAGAAGGCAGAGGAAAAGAAAGAAGACGACAAGAAGGAUGUCGUGAUGCUGCAGAACGGGGAGACACUUAAAGAGCCUUCUGAAGACCGGCACAAGAAAGCCUUGAAGCAGCGGUUCAUGUUCAACAUUGCAGACGGAGGCUUCACUGAGUUGCACUCCCUGUGGCAAAAUGAAGAGCGAGCAGCUACUGUUACCAAGAAGACCUAUGAGAUCUGGCACCGGCGCCAUGACUACUGGCUCCUGGCAGGAAUCAUAAACCACGGUUACGCUCGCUGGCAAGAUAUCCAGAAUGAUCCUCGUUACGCCAUCCUCAAUGAACCUUUCAAGGGUGAAAUGAACAGGGGCAACUUCCUGGAGAUAAAGAACAAAUUUUUGGCCAGGAGGUUUAAGCUGCUGGAGCAGGCACUUGUGAUCGAAGAACAGCUAAGGAGAGCUGCCUACCUGAACAUGUCAGAAGAUCCAUCCCAUCCCUCUAUGGCCCUGAACACCCGUUUUGCUGAGGUGGAGUGCCUAGCUGAGAGCCACCAGCAUCUAUCCAAGGAGUCUAUGGCUGGAAACAAACCAGCCAAUGCGGUGCUUCACAAAGUGCUGAAGCAGCUGGAGGAGUUGCUGAGCGACAUGAAGGCCGAUGUGACGCGGCUGCCCGCCACAAUUGCCCGCAUUCCUCCAGUGGCUGUGCGUCUCCAGAUGUCGGAGCGCAACAUCCUCAGCCGCUUGGCAAACCGUAGCAGUGAGCCUCCUCCGCCACCACCGCCCCAGCAGGUGGCUCAGCAGCAGUGAAACGCUUGCCCAGUGCUGACAACCCAGCGAUUCAGCUGAAGUGACAUACACACACCCUUGUUUGAAUUCUGACCCCCUUCCCCCCCUCUGCCUGGCACUCCUGAUCAGAUGAUGUCCUCCCUGCAUGGGGGAUGUGGCUGGAGAGAGGAGGAAGUGCAAUUCUCCAUAAGCUGCCAGUUGCACUUGGAUUGCACUUGGGUGUGAUAAGGGGACAUUGGACGGACUCUGUAUAUAGUGACUGCUGGAGGCUGCAGCGCCACAUCUGUUACACAGACCUGGCUGCGACGCGCAUCACCUUGGCCCACACUUCCUUGAUUUUAAUUUUAUUUUGAGUUUGUUUACCAAGACGAGUGCAAGCAAAAGUCAGGACAGACACAGCUACCUCCAUCAAGAUCCUUUUAAUACAAAAACUGACUGGACUUGUCCUCUGAAACAGCUGGAAAAAAGACAAAAAAAUCUUGAUAAAAGUUGAAAAUAAAGGUUUCCUUGUAUUUUA